GAAAGGGCCAGCCUCCCGUGUCAGAGACCCCGAUCAGCAGAACCCUGGCAGCUCGGGAUGGAGGAAAUCCACACCCAGCACAGAGCUACACUGGGCUAAGGUCUCUGCUUUAGGCUGCUAAGGGCGCAGAGAAGAGGAAGGCUUGGCCCUGUCCUCAAGGACUGAGGGCAUUGGAGAUGACACAGAGUCAGAUGACUUGUGAUGGGUGUGACUGGGCUCUAGUAGCAUUACCUGCAAAAUGCUGGGAGGGUCUCCAAGAUGGUGGUGGAGGGGCAGAACAGGAAGGCUUCCCUGAAGAGGUGGCAUUAGGUCCAGGCACUGAAGAGUAAUAAUGAGACCUAUGGGCUCUGUUACUGGCUUCUGACAUGACAUGGAAGAGGGGAAAAGAGGAGCAUCAGCAGAGACUUUUUAUUGCAGUAGAUUGCUACCCGCACCUGAUGAGGCUCCUACCUCCUCCAAGUCGGACUCAAGCUUCUGCAAUUUUUCUUCUGUGGGACGUAUCCAUACAUAGGCACUGCCACAGAUACUACCUGACAGCAAGCUUGGCCCUCUGCAGCCAGAGAGAGGGGCUUGUGGUUUCCCAUAGUGUGGCUGCAAAAAUGUUGGCCGGGCUGUGGGUCCAGGCGUGGACGGGACCAGACGUGGGAUGGGCAGAGCCAUGGGAGGCAGGAGCUUGUUCUUGCGAGUUUUACAAGGCACAAAAACUCCAGAUCACCUCUCUGCCUCAGCCCCUUCAGGAAAUCCUGCCAUUCAUCCUGGACAUAUAUACAGUUGCAAGUGGCCAGCUUUCACCACGACCCCUGCCUUUGCCAUUGUUCCUGCCUGCAGGAAGAUCUCACAUAUCAUCUGGUUCAAUCCAGGAAAAGGAAAGGAUUUACAAGCAAACACUGAAAUGAGAAAGAAUUCACGAGCUGCUCAUCAGACUGAGUUAAAAUAACGAAAUAGUUCUGACAGGUGCCCAGCAAGGAGAAGGAGCAAGGAUUUCCUCAUCAUGCUACAAAAUGUAUUACUUCUUUUUCUCGGAUUGGUUGUGCAAAAUGUCUGCUCCCUGCCUGAAGCUACGGAGCAGACAAAAAGAUGUGAUAAGAAAUCUCUCCUUACAAUUAGGACUGAGUGUCGAUCCUGUUCACUCAAUGUUGGAAUGAACUGCCCAGAUGGUUACACCAAGAUCACCAAUGGCACAGUAGGAGUUCGCGAUUGCAGGUAUACCUUUGAGGUCAGAACACUGUCACUGGCUCUCCCGGGAUGCCGUCAUAUCUGUAGGAAGGACUAUCUCCAGCCCCAGUGUUGUCCAGGCCACUGGGGCCCAGACUGCAUGGAAUGCCCAGGAGGAGCGAGGUCCCCUUGCAGUGGCAGGGGCAGCUGUGCUGAAGGCAUGGAAGGAAACGGAAGCUGCUCCUGCCAAGAAGGGUUUGGUGGAACAGCCUGUGAGACCUGUGCUGAUGACAACUUAUUUGGGCCCAGCUGUUCAGCAGUGUGCAACUGUGUGCAUGGUGUGUGCAACAGUGGAAUAGAUGGUGAUGGAACCUGUCAGUGCUACUCGGCAUACACUGGCCCCAACUGUGAUAAGCCUAUCCCUGAAUGUGCACACUUGCUUUGCGGAGAAAAUUCCAGAUGCUCACCUUCCAGCAGAAAUAAAACAAAACUGGAAUGCAAAUGCCUUCCCAACUACAAAGGCGAUGGCAAAUACUGUGAGCCCAUCAAUCCAUGUUUACAAAAUAUCUGCCAUCUUCACGCUCGCUGUACAUACCUGGGACCAAACCGGCACAGUUGUACAUGCCAAGAAGGCUUCCACGGGGAUGGCCACGUGUGCUUACCAGUAGACCCCUGCCAAAAUAACUACGGAAACUGCCCCCCAGUGUCUACAGUGUGCAAAUAUGAUGGGCCUGGACAGUCUCACUGUGAGUGUAAGGAACAUUACCACAAUUUUGUUCCUGGAGUGGGCUGCAGUGUGACCAAUAUCUGUGAAUCUCAUAACCCCUGUCACAAGAACGCAAACUGCACCACCAUCGCACCAGGCCAAACCAAAUGCACUUGCCAGAAAGGUUAUGUGGGCGAUGGCUUAACGUGUUACGGAAACAUCAUGGAGCGGCUCCAAGAAUUGAACACUGAACCCAGAGGAAAAUGGCAAGGAAGGCUGACCUCUUUCAUCUCACUCCUGGACAAAGCCUAUGCCUGGCCACUAAGUAACCUGGGGCCAUUCACUGUGCUGUUGCCAACAGACAGGGGACUGAAAGGAUUCAAUGUAAAGGAGCUUUUGAUGGAUAGUGAGGCGGCUCGGUACUUUGUGAAACUGCACAUAAUUGCUGGGCAGAUGGACACUGAGCAUAUGAAUAACACAGACACAUUCUACACCUUGACUGGAAAGUCAGGAGAAAUCUUCAGUGGGGAUAAGGACAAUCAAAUAAGGCUUAAACUCCUUGGAGGCAAAAAAAAGGUAAAAAUUAUACAGGGGAACGUCAUUGCUUCCAACGGGCUCCUGCACAUCCUGGACAGAGCCAUGGACAGGAUGGUGCCCACGUUCAAGAGCAACACUGAGCAAACCAUAAUGAUGAUGCUACAGCCAAGAUACAGCAAGUUCAGAUCUUUGUUAGAGGAAACCAGUGUGGGACAUACCUUAGAUGAAGAUGGGGUUGGUAGACCUUACACCAUUUUUGUUCCAAGUAAUGAAGCAUUAAAUAACAUGAAGGAUGGUGCUCUGGAUUACCUCCUAUCUCCAGAGGGAUCUCGGAAGCUUCUGGAACUCAUCAGAUACCACAUUGUCCCAUUUACCCAGCUUGAAGUGGCCACUCUCAUUUCCACCUCUCACAUCAGGAGCUUGGCCAACCAGAUCAUACAGUUUAACACAACCAACAAUGGACAGAUCCUGGCAAAUGAUGUGGCAAUGGAAGAAACUGAAGUCACUGCCAAAAAUGGCCGAAUUUACACACUGACUGGAGUUCUCAUUCCCCCCUCCAUCGUCCCAAUUCUGCCCCACCGAUGUGAUGAUACCGAGAGAGAGAUGAAACUGGGCUCCUGCGUGAGCUGUUCCCUCAUACACUGGAGCAAAUGUCCUGCUGACUCGGUGCCCACGACACUCUUCACACACAGGUGUGUGUACUCUAGCAGAAUAAGAAGCCUGAAGAGUGGCUGUGCCAGAUUCUGCAAUGCCACUGUGAAGAUACCGAAGUGCUGCAAAGGCUUCUACGGGCCCGACUGCAACCAGUGUCCAGGAGGCUUCCAGAAUCCAUGCUCGGGGAAUGGACAGUGCGCAGAUGGCCUCAGUGGCAACGGGACAUGCACCUGCCAGGAUGGUUUCCAGGGCUCCCAGUGCCAGUUCUGCUCUGAUCCCAAUAAAUAUGGACCUCGGUGUGACAAAAAGUGUCUGUGCGUUUACGGAACAUGUGACAACAGGAUCGACAGUGAUGGGGCCUGCCUCGCUGGCACAUGCAGACACGGCUCUGCUGGCAGGUUCUGCCACAGGCACACCUCAGCCUGUGGGCCUUACGUGCAGUUCUGUCACAUCCACGCCACCUGUGAAUUCAGCAAUGGGACAGCAAGCUGUGUUUGCAAAGCAGGAUAUGAAGGGGACGGAAACCUCUGUUCAGAGAUGGACCCUUGUGCGGAAUUAACCCCCGGGGGCUGUAGUCGCAAUGCAGAAUGCAUCAGAACUGGCCCGGGGACCCACACCUGCGUGUGCCAGCAGGGAUGGACCGGGGACGGGAGAGACUGCUCAGUAAUCAACAACUGCCUGCUGCCCAGUGCAGGUGGCUGCCACGAGAGUGCCACCUGUUUGUACAUAGGCCCCGGGCAGAAUGAGUGUGAGUGCAGGAAAGGGUUUCGAGGCAAUGGGAUUGACUGUGAGCCAACUUCAUGCUUGGAGCAAACUGGGCUGUGUCACCCACUGGCAACCUGUCAGUUUACUUCUGGUGUCUGGAGCUGUGUUUGCCCAGAGGGCUACGAAGGAGAUGGUGCUCUGUGCUAUGGAAAUGCAGCAGUGGAAUUGUCAUUUCUCUCCGCGGCAGCUGUGUUUAACCAGUGGAUAAAUAAUGCUUCUCUACAACCCAUGCUGUCAGCCACCUCAAACCUCACUGUCCUCGUGCCUUCCCAGCAAGCUAUAGAAGACAUGGACCAAGAUGAGAAAGACUUUUGGUUAACCAAAAGCAAUAUCCCAGCCCUAAUAAAGUACCAUACACUACUGGGCACGUACGGAGUGGCAGAUCUUCAGGCCCUGCCGUCUUCUGACAUGCUGGCAACGUCUUUGCAUGGCAACUUCCUUCACCUGGCGAAGGUGGAUGGGAAUAUCACAAUUGAAGGUGCAUCCGUCAUUGACGGUGACAAUGCAGCCACAAACGGAGUGAUACACAUCAUCAACAAGGUUCUGGUUCCCCAAAGAGGUCUAACUGGCUCCUUACCAAACCUGCUCACCCGGCUGGAACAGAUGCCUGACUAUUCCAUCUUCCGGGGCUACAUCAUUCAAUAUAAUCUGGCGGAUGUGAUCGAGGCUGCAGACGCCUACACGGUGUUUGCUCCAACCAAUGACGCCAUUGAGAAUUACAUCCGGGAGAAGAAGGCUGCAACUCUAGCGGAGGACAUACUCAAGUAUCACGUGGUCUUGGCGGAGAAGCUCCUGAAGAACGACCUGCAUGACGGCAUGCACCGGGAGGCCAUGCUCGGCUUCUCCUACCGCCUCGGCUUCUUUCUCCACGACGACCAGAUCUUUGUAAAUGAGGCUCCAAUAAACUACACCAAUGUAGCCACUGACAAAGGAGUGAUCCACGGCUUGGGGAAAGUUCUGGAAAUACAGAAGAAUAGGUGUGAUAAUAACAAUACCAUUAUUGUACGAGGAAAGUGUGGGAAGUGUCCCCAGCGACCCAUCUGCCCAUUUGGAACUAAACCACUAGGUGAAGAGAUACGGAAAUGUAUCUAUACCAUUUAUUUCAUGGGCAAACGAUCCCUGUUCAUUGGGUGCCAACCAAAAUGUGUGAAAACCAUCAUUACGAGAGAGUGCUGCGCGGGCUUCUUCGGGCCCCAGUGCCAGCCCUGCCCAGGGAAUGCCCAGAACGUCUGCUUCGGAAACGGUGUCUGCUUGGACGGAGUGAAUGGCACGGGCAUGUGUGAGUGUGGAGAGGGCUUCAGAGGCACGGCCUGCGAGACCUGCAUCGAGGGCAAGUACGGCAUCCACUGUGACCAAGCAUGUUCCUGUGUCCAUGGGAGAUGCAGCCAAGGACCUACGGGUGACGGCUCCUGUGACUGUGACAUUGGCUGGCGAGGAGUGAAAUGCGACAGUGAAAUCACAAAAGACAACUGCAAUGGGACAUGCCACACCAGCGCCAACUGCCUUCUUAAUCCGGAUGGCACUGCCACAUGCAGAUGUGCAGCAGGAUUCCAGGGAAAUGGGACAAACUGCACAGCAAUCAAUGCCUGUGAGAUCAGCAAUGGAGGUUGCUCCACCAAGGCUUACUGUAAAAGAACCACCCCAGGAAGCCGGGUGUGCAUGUGCAAGGCAGGCUAUACUGGUGAUGGUAUUGUGUGCCUAGAGAUCAAUCCUUGUUUGGAGAACAAUGGUGGCUGUCACAGGAAUGCAGAGUGCACACAGACAGGACCCAACCAGGCUGUCUGUAACUGUCUGCCCAAAUACACGGGAGACGGGAGGGUCUGCACACCCAUCAACCUCUGCUUAUCGAAAAAUGGCGGCUGUAGUGAAUUUGCUAUCUGCAGUCACACUGCGCAGGAAGAAAGGACCUGUACUUGCAAGCAGAACUACAUCGGGGAUGGGUUUACCUGCCGCGGCAACAUCCAGCAGGAGCUUCCCAGGAAUCCAAAAACUUCCCAGUAUUUCUUCCAGUUGAUGGAGCAUUCUGUACAAGACCUGGUUGGUCCGGGCCCCUUCACCGUUUUGGCACCUUUAUCUUCAGCCUUUGAUGAGGAGCCUCGGAUUAAAGACUGGGACAAACAGGGCCUGAUACCCCAGGUUCUUCGAUACCAUGUCAUCGCAUGCCACCAGCUUCUUCUGGAAAAUCUGAAACUGAUCCCAAAUGCUACUUCUCUCCAGGGGGAGUCAAUUGUCAUCUCCGUCUCUCAGGAUAAGGUGUUUAUAAAUAAUAAAGCCAAGAUCAUAUCCAGUGAUAUCAUCAGUACCAAUGGAAUCAUCCACAUCAUAGACAAAUUGCUCUCUCCCAAAAAUAUGCAUGUCACUCCUAAAGAUGCCUCUGGAAGGAUUCUGCAAAAUCUUACGACAGUAGCAGUAAACCAUGGCUACGUCAGAUUUAGCAACUUAAUACAGGAUGCGGGCUUGCUGAGCCUCAUCACCGACCCUGUCCACACUCCGGUCACCCUCUUCUGGCCCAGCGACCAAGCCCUCCAAGCCCUGCCCCGUGAACAACAGGAUUUCCUGUUCAACCAAGACAACAAGGACAAGCUGAAGGAGUACUUGAAGUUCCAUGUGAUCCGAGAUUCCAGGGUUUCAUCGGUGGACCUCCCCAGAGCCGCUGUCUGGAAGACCCUGCAGGGUUCAGAGCUGAGCGUGAAGUGCGGGGCCGGCAGUGACAUUGGUGAUCUCUUCCUGAACGACCAAUCAUGCAGAAUUGUACAGCGGGAGCUCCUGUUUGACCUGGGUGUGGCCUACGGCAUUGACUGUCUACUCAUUGAUCCCACCCUGGGGGGCCGCUGUGACACUUUUGCCACAUACAGUUUCUCGGGGGAUUGUUGGAGCUGUGUCAGUACGCCCAGCUGCCCAAGGUGGAGUAAACCAAAGGGCAUGAAGCAGAAGUGUCAGUACGGCUCGGCCUUCAGAGGGUCCCUGGAAGGCUGCCAGGAGCAGUGCACCGUGGUGAUACAGCUCCCCAAGUGCUGCAAGGGCUACUUCGGGAGAGACUGUCAGGCCUGCCCAGGAGGAGCAGACACCCCAUGUAAUAACCGGGGUGUCUGCCUGGAUCAGUACUCGGCCACAGGAGAAUGUAAAUGCAACACCGGCUUCAACGGGACGGCAUGUGAGCUCUGCUGGCCGGGGAGAUUCGGGCCUGAUUGUCAACCCUGUGGCUGCUCGGACCAUGGGCAGUGCGACGACGGGAUUACAGGCUCCGGGCAGUGCCUGUGUGAGACGGGGUGGACAGGUCACUUCUGUGACAGUCAGACAGCUUUGCCCCCAGUGUGCACGCCUCCUUGUUCUGCUGAUGCCACCUGUAAGGAUAACAACACGUGCGAGUGUAACCUGAACUACGAAGGGGAUGGGAUAACGUGCACAGUUGUGGAUUUCUGCAAACAGAACAACGGCGGGUGUGCAAAGGUCGCCAAGUGCUCUCAGAAGGGCACGAAGGUCUCCUGCAGCUGUCCAAAGGGCUACCAUGGGGAUGGCCACAGCUGCAUCGAGAUGAACCCCUGUGCGGACGGCUUCAACGGCGGGUGUCAUGAGCAUGCCACCUGCAAGAUGACGGGCCCGGGCAAGCACAAGUGUGACUGUAAAAGUCAUUACGUGGGAGAUGGGCGGAACUGUGAGCCGGAGCAGCUGCCCAUAGACCGCUGCUUGCAGGACAACGGGCAGUGCCAUGCCGACGCCGACUGUGCCGACCUCCACUUCCAGGAUACCACCGCCGGAGUGUUCCAUCUGCGCUCCCCGCUGGGCCAGUACAAGCUGACCUUCGAUAAAGCCAGAGAGGCUUGUGCCCGUGAAGCUGCAACCGUAGCAACGUACAACCAGCUCUCCUACGCCCAGAAGGCCAGGUACCACCUCUGCUCCGCAGGCUGGCUGGAGGGUGGGCGGGUUGCCUACCCCACAGCCUACGCCUCCCAGAACUGUGGCUCUGGCGUGGUUGGGAUAAUAGACUAUGGGACAAGAAACAACAAGAGCGAAAUGUGGGAUGUCUUCUGCUACCGGAUGAAAGAUGUGAACUGCACCUGCAAGGUGGGCUACGUGGGAGACGGCCUCUCGUGCAGCGGGAAUCUGUUGCAGGUCCUGAUGUCUUUUCCCUCACUCAGAAACUUCCUGAUGGAAGUGCUGGCUUAUUCCAACAGCUCAGCCAGAGGCCAGGCAUUUCUGAAACACCUGACUGACCUGUCAAUCCGCAGUACCCUCUUUGCACCACAGAACAGUGGGCUGGGGGAAAACGAGACACUGCCUGGACGGGACAUUGAGCACCACCUCGCCAAUGUCAGCAUCUUUUUUUACAAUGACCUCGUCAACGGUACCAUCCUGCAAACCAGGCUGGGAGGCCAACUGCUCAUCACCUCCAGCCAGGACCAGAGCCAACUGGAGACCAGGUUUGUCGAUGGAAGAGCCAUUUUGCAGUGGGACAUCUUCGCCUCCAAUGGGAUCAUACAUGUCAUUUCUGGGCCUUUAAAAGCACCCCCCACCCCAAGGGCUGCGGCGCACGCUGGCUUGGGGACCGGGCUCUUCUUUGCCAUCAUCCUAGUCGUGGGAGCCACCGCUUUGGGUGCAUACUCUUACUUUCGGCUAAACCGGAGAAUAAUUGGCUUCCAGCGAUUUGAGUCAGAAGAGGAUAUCCACGUUGCAGCUCUUGGCAAGCCGCAGCCUGAGAAUAUCUCGAACCCCAUGUAUGAGAGCGCAACCUCAGCUCCCUCCAACCCUUCUUACAACUCCGUCUCGGACUCCGAAGACCAGCUGGAGAUCAGUGACCCCCUGGGGGCGCUGUGAGGUCCAGACCUGCUGCAGCCGGCCACCGCUCAUAGCCACGGCCACGGAGCCUCCUCAGGAAGGCUGUCGACUGUGAAUCCUCAGCACCAGUUGCCUUUUGGGAAUGUAAGGUCCUCCAACAUUUUAAAGUCUGAAGCACUCAAGCUAUGUACCUCAUCUCUGGGUAAUCUGGGGACUUCCUUUGUUUCUGUGGGUGAGGGACCGUGUUAAGUCCACCUACCAACACAGGGGGACUUCUCCCUUGUCUGACCCUCCGCUGUCCUUCCUUCGUACCGUCAGAUAACACGUAUUACAUUCUACCCAACACUGUAGUAACUGUGACCUCGUUUCCCUGUUAGACUGUAAGCUCCCAGGGCAGGCACUGCCUUAUUCAUCUUUGUAUCACAGUACCUGGCACAGUGUCUAGCACAUGAAACGUGCUCAAUAAAUGUUUAUGGAACAGAAAUAAAGUCAACAGAAUAAAUCUAGUGUUUUGGGAAACAAAA